AGCGCUCGCAGCUCAGAAACUGCCAGCAGAGAUCACAGGAGCUGGAGCCGGGACUGGAGAAGGGAGCGAGUGGCAGCAGCAGUAUCAGUGAAUUGUGUUUGGAAAGGCAGGGGUAGGAGGCAAAGCAGCAAAGGCGAGGGGAAAAGAAAACUGAUCCGGACCCUCAUUAGCAAGAAAAAUGAGGGUUCUCGGGACACAGGCUUUAAAGGAAGACAUGGCGAGGGAAAUUUAAGAGAAUCCGAGAUAAGCCCCAGAGCGAUUGGGGGAAUGAAAGUUUGGAGCUGCCGAGCUGCUCUCUGUCUUUUUCGAAUUACCUCCUUUGGCUGGUCGUAAUCAUUUUUGGGGUGGUGGUGGUGGUCUGAUUUUUAAUUUUUGUAAAACAAUCUUUCCUGUCUUUCAUGUGUUUUUCUUCGUCUGAGGGGGGCAUGCCCAUCGGUUCUUCCUGCAGCCUUUCCCGCUCCUGCGAUCAGGAAGCCAAACCGAGGACAAUCUUGAAAGAUACCAAUUCCCCAGGAUUUGCUGUUGCUGCCUCCACCGGCUCUCCGGCUGCCGCGGUGCAGUGCCAGGACUCUGGGAAUAAAUUAAAACGGGCUCCUGUGUCUAUAUAGCCACCUACCUACCUAUUGCCUCUAGUUGGUCAUUUCUUGCGAAGAUCACCGAUGAGGUGGGAGCUCUGCCUGGCGUCCUCCCGUACUCAUCUCGGGUGAUUUAUUUAUUUUCUUUUGAAGGAAGGCGAUGGGGGAGAAGAGAGAAAAUGAAGGAAAAGGAAUGAUCAUAAAUCCCUUUUAGAGCCCUCAUCCAUCUCUGCCCCCACCCCUCCCUCCCCACACAAGAGUGUUUCCUGGAGGAGGAGGGUUUUUUUUGUUGUUUUUUUUUUGAGAAAGAGGCAGUGCUGGUGUCGGGGAGGGGGGAUCUCUUUCCCCUUUUGGAGAUGGUCGUGCUAUUCCUCUUUGCCUUAAUCUGGAUGGUGGAGGGAGCCCUUUCGCAGCUUCACUACACGGUGCAGGAGGAACAGGAGCAUGGCACUUUCGUGGGGAAUAUCGCCGAGGACCUGGGCUUGGACAUUACAAAACUUUCCGCUCGCCGCUUCCAGACGGUGCCCAAUUCGCGGAGCCCUUACCUGGACCUCAACCUGGAGACCGGGGUGCUCUACGUGAACGAGAAGAUCGACCGCGAGCAGAUCUGCAAGCAGAGCCCCUCCUGCCAGCUGCACCUGGAGGUCUUCCUGGAGAACCCACUCGAGCUCUUCCGCGUGGAGAUUGACGUGCUGGACAUCAACGACAACCCGCCCGCCUUCCCGGAGCCCGACCUGACCGUGGAGAUCUCGGAGAGCGCCACGCCAGGCACCCGCUUCCCUCUGGAGAGCGCUUUCGACCCGGACGUAGGCACCAACUCGCUGCGCACCUACGAGAUCACCCCCAACAGCUACUUCUCGCUGGACGUGCAGACGCAGCCCGACGGCAACCGCUUUGCCGAGCUGGUGCUCUCCAAGCCCUUGGACCGGGAGCAGCAAGCAGUGCACCGCUACGUGCUGACGGCUGUAGAUGGAGGGCAGCCCCAGCAGCGCACCGGUACCGCUCUGCUCACCAUCCGCGUGCUGGAUUCUAACGACAACGUGCCCGCCUUCGAGCAACCCGUCUACACGGUCUCCCUGCCCGAGAACUCGCCGCCGGGCACGCUGGUGCUGCAGCUCAACGCCAGCGACCCGGACGAGGGCCAAAAUGGAGAGAUCAUCUACUCGUUCAGCAGCCACAUCUCCGCCCGGGCACGGGAGCUGUUCGGGAUCUCGCCGCGGACGGGCCGCCUGGAGGUCAACGGCGAGUUGGACUACGAGGAGAGCAGCGUCUACCAGGUGUACGUGCAAGCCAAGGACCUGGGGCCCAAUGCCGUGCCCGCCCACUGCAAGGUGCUGGUGCGGGUGCUCGACGCCAACGACAACGCGCCGGAGAUCAGCUUCUCCACCGUCAAGGAGGCGGUGAGCGAGGCGGCGGCGCCGGGCACGGUGGUGGCACUCUUCAGCGUCUCCGACCGGGACUCGGAAGAGAAUGGGCAAGUGCAGUGCGAGCUGCUGCAAGGCGACGCGCCUUUCCGCCUGAAGAGCUCCUUCAAGAACUACUACACCAUCGUCACCGAGGGGCCCCUGGACCGCGAGCAGCCCGGCGGCGACGCCUACACGCUGACGGUGGUGGCGCGGGACAUGGGCGAGCCGGCGCUGAGCACCAGCAAGUCCAUCCAGGUGCGCGUCAGCGACGUGAACGACAACGCGCCCCGCUUCUCGCAGCCCGUCUACCAGGUCUACGUGAGCGAGAACAACGUGCCGGGCGCUUACAUCUACGCCGUCAGCGCCACGGACCGCGACCAGGGCGCCAACGCGCAGUUGGCCUACUCCAUCCUGGAGAGCCAGAUCCAGGGCAUGUCGGUCUUCACCUACGUCUCCAUCAACUCCGAGAACGGCUUCCUCUACGCGCUGCGCUCCUUCGACUACGAGCAGCUCAAGGAGUUCAGCUUCCAAGUGGAAGCCCGCGACGCCGCCGGAGGAGGCGAGGAGCCCAACGGCGAGGAGGCGCUGGCCGGCAACGCCACCGUCAACAUCCUGGUGGUGGACCAGAACGACAACGCGCCCGCCAUCGUCAGCCCGCUGCCCGGCCGCAACGGCACGCCGGCCCGAGAGGUGCUGCCCCGCGGCGCCGAGCCAGGCUACCUGGUGACCCGCGUGGCGGCCGUGGACGCUGACGACGGCGAGAACGCGCGCCUGACCUACAGCAUCGUGCGGGGCAACGAGGCCAGCCUCUUCCGCAUGGACUGGCGCACGGGCGAGCUGCGCACGGCCCGCAAAGUGCCCGCCAAGCGCGACCCGCAGCGGCCUUACGAGCUGGUCAUCGAGGUGCGCGACCACGGGCAACCGCCGCUCUCUUCCACCGCCGCCCUCCACGUGGUCUUGGUGGACAGUGCAGUGGAGCGCCAGGGGGCGGGCGCGGGCGGCGGCGGAGGCCCCGGGGGCGGCGGGGGGCUAGGCCCCGGGGGCGCAGGAGGCCCCGGGGGCGAGCACCGGCCCAGCCGCUCGGGGGGCGCGGGGGCCGGCGAGACCUCGCUGGACCUGACGCUGAUCCUCAUCAUCGCCCUGGGCUCGGUCUCCUUCAUCUUCCUGCUGGCCAUGAUCGUGCUGGCCGUCCGCUGCCAGAAGGAGAAGAAGCUCAACAUCUACACGUGCCUGGCCAGCGACUGCUGCCUGAGCUGCUGCUGCUGUUGUCCGUGCUGCAGCCGCCAGGCGCGGGCCCGCAAGAAGAAGCUCAGCAAGUCGGACAUCAUGUUGGUCCAGAGCGCCAACGUGCCCAGCAACCCCGCCCAGGUGCCCGUCGAAGAGUCGGCCAGCUUCGGCUCCCACCACCACAACCAGAACUACUGCUACCAGGUCUGCCUCACACCCGAGUCGGCCAAGACCGACCUGAUGUUCCUCAAGCCUUGCAGCCCUUCCCGCAGCACGGACGCCGAGCACAACCCUUGCGGGGCCAUUGUCACGGGGUACACCGACCAGCAGCCUGACAUCAUCUCCAAUGGCAGUAUAUUGUCCAGCGAGACUAAACACCAGCGUGCAGAGCUCAGUUAUCUAGUUGAUAGACCAAGGCGGGUAAACAGUUCUGCAUUCCAGGAAGCAGACAUAGUAAGCUCUAAGGACAGUGGUCAUGGAGACAGCGAGCAAGGAGACAGCGAUCAUGACGCCACUAAUCGAGGUCAAUCCUCUGGCAUGGAUCUCUUCUCUAAUUGCACGGAGGAGUGUAAAGCAUUGGGCCACUCGGAUCGGUGCUGGAUGCCCUCUUUUGUCCCUUCUGAUGGACGCCAGGCUGCGGAUUACCGCAGCAAUCUUCAUGUACCCGGUAUGGACUCUGUUCCAGACACUGAAGUGUUUGAAACACCAGAAGCCCAGCCAGGGGCAGAGAGGUCCUUCUCCACCUUUGGCAAAGAGAAGGCCCUUCACAGCACUCUGGAGAGGAAGGAACUGGAUGGACUGCUGUCUAAUACACGAGCGCCUUACAAACCACCAUAUUUGAGCCUUGCCAUUUGUGGAUCUCAAAGUGGAUUAUAAAGUGAUAUAAGACCUGCAGAUCCUCUGUGAGAUAGCACGGAAAAGGAUAUGCUAGUCAAUUCUACGGGACUUAUCUGAAGCAGCAUGAUUUGCACAAAAGUCGACCAACAAAAGCAUCAACUUUUCAACUUCAUUAUCUUGGCCAUCUGAUUCUGUGUUACCUGAAGAAUGAACCGUGCUGUAGAAGACAUCGUGGCCAAUCAUAGGACCUAACUGCUCUCAGCAGGCCUGAGAAAUGAGUUGAAAUGUCUGGAACUGUAGACACUUAAAGAGGCAACUGAUUUUGCCUCUCUGAUCAGUGUGUGCCUGUUUACAGCACUAUAUAGAUCUCUCUUUCUCUCUCUCUCUUUCUCUCCAAAAUGUCACUGAGCCCUUUAGAUGUUUAUAUUCGCCACAAGAAGCCAAUCGUACAGAUUAAAAGGAAAAAAAGGAAGUGUGCAUUAUAAAUGCAAUAUCACUGUUUUAAACUUGACUGUUUUAUAUUAUUUUUGUGUGAACAAGUGUUCCCCAAACUACUCCAACUUUACAAAAGAAAUUGUGAAUCAUGUUCUUUUCACCAGUGGGUCAUGAAAAUGUUGUUAAUCUGAAGACCCACAAAAUAUCAAAGACAUUCUGUAGUUUAUACACCGUGUUGCAAAGUGUUUACUGUACUAUUUCAAAGCUUCUAAAUAAAUAUAAAAUAUAUAUAUUAUAUUACAUAUAAUUUUCCGGGAAACGUGGUACCAUUUAGUUGAUUUUUAAAUGAAUUCAUACAGUCCGCACCAUACACUAAAGUGAGAAGGUAAUUCAGGGUCCUUAAAUUAUCCUUGCCUAAAAAUAAAAUAAAUCUUUAAUAAUACUUCCCCAAUUUUUGUACUUUGGUCAAUCCUGUUUGUCCUUGUUAAAAAAAAAAAAAAAAAAAGCUGUAAGCAACAACUUUUUUUCCUGAAAGUUGUACUGAAUUUUCAAUGCCAAAGAUACAGCUAUCAAUAAUUAUGAAAAUGAGCACUGACUAUGUACUAUCAAAAGUAUAUAUAUAUCAACCACCAUUAUUUUGAUUCUAUUUCUAUGGCUUUUAAUUUGAAUCAACAAAACUUUUUAUAAAGUCUCUAUAAACUCACAUGUAUAUGUUGUUAAAAAGUACACUGGGUGUCUGUACAUUUUGCAAUGUAAGAUAUGUAAGCGAAGAUUAACUAUUUUAAGGAAAUCUUCUCCCACAGCUCAUAUCUAACAUACAUAAUCCUUUCACAUAGUUUUGUGCAAAUAUAUCUUUGCUUGCAAUUGUUUUUGAAGGAAGGCCGAUCACAAAGUCAACCAUGUCAAGCCAUCAAUUUGAAUUUGUCUCUUUAAUACAAAAGCAAUCUGAAGUUUAGAAUAGUCAAUACCAGCUUCACUGAUAACUGGGUUGGUCCCAUGUGUUAGUUUUGUAGUAAUAGUGUGAUUUGAAGUAUCUCAGAAAGGAUAUUUUUUAAUUAGUAAAAGACAAAUUGUUCAAAAGCUCAAAACCUUGCCAAGUAGAAGUUACCUUUAAUUUCAUGGAAUACUCUUAUAAGUAGUAUUGAAAAAAGUGAAAUAUAGUAAGGUGUUUCCCUUUCUUUCAUUUUUACAUACGCUUCUGUCUUUUUUUCUUAUAACUACCUGCCAAGUGUUCAAGUGAAAUUGUAAAUUCAUAUCUGUGACAAUAGCAGUUGUUUCAACUGGAGAUAAUACUUAGAUGCGGUUACUGAUAUCCUGACUAAGCAUGAAGAUGCAGCAGAAGACCUCCCCACUUCCACAGCAUGCACGGGGGAGGGAGGGAACCAAUUUUCACUGACCUUCCCUGCCUAUGGAAUUGCUCUAACCUUGAGCAGUUCCAAAUAUAUGAUCCAUGUUCAGUGGAAGUGAGAAAGCUUCUGCCUGUUGUUCAGCAGUGUCCAGCUGUGAGAAGGCAGCUCCUGCUACAUUCUUGGUCAGGAUGUCAGCCAGUGUCCCUUUGAAUUAGUGGGAAAUAUCACUUUAUUUUGGGUUUGGGAUCAUAAUAGAUGAUCCCAAAUUUGCUUCCUUGUUCAUGUCAAGUACAUUUUCUUCACAGGGUCAAAUAUGGUUAUGUAUUAAAUAAGGCUGGGAAAAGUAGCCCUUGCACUUUUAAAAAAGUGAAAAACACUAUCUCAUGAAUAUGGUUUGAUCCAGAGUGUUUGGAGUGAGGUGCCAUCAAUGUGCUGAUGACAUUCAGCUCUAUUUCACCUUUCCAUCAGAUUUGGUGAGGCAGAGUAGGUGCUGAAUGGCUCUCUAGAAUCAAUAAUGGCCUAACAAGAUUAAUCUCAGUCCAGAAAGUUCUGUUGGUGGGUGGUUCAUCUGACUGAGGCAGUAAGUAGUGUUCACCCUAUUCUGCAUGGGGUUGCACUCACCUUAAGGAUCAUAUAUGCAGUUUUGGGGUACUAAUUUUAAUUGAAGGCCCAUGUGAUUCAGUGGCUCAGAAUUAUGAUUAGUGUGCCAACUGGCAUCCAUCCUAGGUAAAGAUAGCCUGGCCACUUUUACCCAUGACCUUCCAGACUUGAUUAUUGCGAUGAAUUCCAUAUGGAUCUGCUUUUGAAGACGUCUUGGAAACUUCAGUGAGUGAAAAAUACAGCUACUGUGUUAUACUGAGACCAGCUAUAGGGAACAUAUGUAUUUUGUCAGUUCCCAAACAAUUGCACUGGUUCUUGGUCUAUUUCUAGACAUUAAAGCCCUAAAUGACUUGAGACUUGGCUACCUCAAGGACUGCCUCCUUCCAGAUGACCCUGUGUUCAUCUUCAUAGGCCCAGUGGGCCAAGCCACAUUCUGAAAUUAGGUAGGUGAUGACCAGAGAGGUUUUCCCGGUUAUUUUACUCUGCAUCUGGAAUGUUCUUCCUUAGGAAGUUUCACUUGGUGCCAAAUCUGAUGUCUUUCCAAUGCCAGGUGAAGUUGUUUUUAUUUGCUCAGGCUUUGCUGCAUUUCAGCUAGCUGGUUCUUAACCGGAUGAAUUUUAUUAGCUUGACCAGAUGUUGGUUUUUUUAACCACUUCUUUGGUUUAAAAUUAUAUUAUGUGUUUAAGCUGCAUUGCAUAUACCAUUUUUUGUUAGCCAGCCUAGGAGUUCAUAUUCUGAAGGGUAGCAUAUAACAUUUUAAUGUAAAUAGACAUCAGUACACACAUAGGGCUCUGUGUGUGCAGUCUUCCCCAUUCACUUCAAUGGAGAGCAGCUCUGUGCAUUCCUUUGUACAUCUGGAUGUGUGUUCAUUAGCGCCCUCUUGCCUACAAACUUUUCCAAGAUGAACAGCCCUAUUCAGACAUUACAUAAUAUAUAUAUACAUACAGGUAUCUGUACACAUAUACAUGUUCGUGUGUGUGAAUGACUGUGCAUGUGCUCCUUUUAAGAGUGAACCUGGGUACAGGCACCCUCAAAUGAAGGGCACAGAUAGGAGGUGUACUACUAUAUGUGAAUGACCAUAAUGUGUAAUCUGUAUGUGCGUACAGAUCUGUACGUGCAUAUAUUGUAUACAGAUUGUAUGUUGUGCGUUGGAUGUAACGUAUGAAUAAGGCUUCUUUCUAAAAUUUAUUCAGUCAAUCUCUACCAUAUUCCAAGUCAUAUGAAUGGGAAUUGUGUGUACAAAUUAUUAUAAGAGUUGAAUUGUGAGUGUGUUAGUUUCCAAAUGCUAACAAAAUAUUCCUGCUUUUUAAAAACAACACACCCUUUCAAUGCAUAUUUCUAAAUUAUUUGUUUGAUUAUCUACAGAAAUUUCUUGGGAUCCUUUUAACGAUGUGUAUUAUAUAUGAAUCACAAAAAAAGCACAGAAAAUAACUAUUAAUUUGAGAAACACAGCCGUAAAAAUCUUCUUUAGCUUUAGGUAAUGGAAGUUUUGGUCACCUCUAUGCCUUGUUAGUUUUAUGAAAAAAAAUGGGCUAUUUUAGUACUGAAAUGUGUGAAGAAUAUUUCAUUUGAAGAAGUCUGUCAACUUGUUGCUGCUUUUAAGACAAGUAAUUGAAUGCCCCUCCUGGAAUUGGUUUUGCUUUAUUUUUUAUAGCUUCUCUAUAUGGAGGCAUAUAAUGUAAAUUAGGGUUGUUUCUAGUCCUGUGGAGAAAAAAAAAUCACAUUUUCCUUUUUAUAGACUAUUAAAGUGUUUUUAUUUACUGAAA